AUGAGUUCUGAAAUUCAUGAUCAAAUCAAAGAUAGGUUUUCUGAAGUGUUUGCCAGAUAAUCUAAUAUCAAUUAAACAAAGCCUAAAGAUAUUUACUUCAUCUUACUUAUAUUAGUUAUUUGGCCAAUAAUAGAAUCAACUGAAAAUCAAGAAUAUCAUAUAAGUCUUAGAGUUAUUCUAGUCUUCAUUUUAGCAAAUACUUUAAGAAAUAAUAAGAAAAUAAGAUAAGAAAAUACUAAGAUUUUAGUUUAUUUGGGAAUAAGCAUUCAAUUAAUCAGCAAUAUUAUAUUUGUGUAUCAAGAAAAAAGGUAUUUGUGAAUAACAAUAUAUGUUAAGCAAUCAGCAUUGUCAAAAUUACCUAAUUUCAAUUGCUUUCCUGAUACUAAUUUCUACUCGAUUUCAAAUCCAUCAUAUACGUGAAAUUACCUAUUCAAUUUCAAUUAUAUCCUUCAUUACAUAAUUAUAUUUACAAAAUCAAGUUAUCCAAAUACUCAAAUAUUUUUUUAUUGCUUUAAUAGCUAUAGAAGGAAUAAUAUGGAGAAUGCAUUUUUUAAAUAAAGAAUAUAAUAAUAAAAUAGCAGAUUUUGCUAAUGAAUUGGAUAUUAUGAAAGAUUAUUAUAAUGAAUAAAUAAAUAAAUUAUAAGAUAAUUAAGAGAGUUUAGCUUAAUAAUAAUUAUCUUCAAGAGCAAAUGAUUUGUUAAAGAAAUUGAGAUUAAUUAAAUAUUAAUAACUAUUGAUUAAAAAUAAUAAUGUUUAAAAAGGAAUUAGGAAACCUAAGAAAAUGAACUCAGAAAUUCAUUAGAAUGCAUUUUCACUUAGAUAAUUACCUGAUAAUAAUAAUAUUAUAGAUGAAUAAAGUUCAAUCUAAUAAGAUUGUUCUAAUAAUAAUUUUUAUCAAUUAGAAAACAAUAAUAAUCCUCCUUAAUUUAGAAGAAAAUCAUAAAGAUUAAUGACAAGUGCAACUGAUUAUAGAAAUAAUGAAAAUUCUAAUAGUGCAUCAUUUUCUGAUAAGAAUCUUGAAGAAGUUAAAAUUACAACUGAAGAUAUUGAUGAUCUAUUGAAUUUACUAUCAGGUAAAAAAGAAUCAAUAUGGUUACCUAAAUUUUUAAGGAGUAAUUAAUUAAUUAAUGAAUAAGAAGGAUUCAGUGUUGAUGCUAAAUAGUAAUUAUAUCUAUAUUAUUGAAUAGAUUCUUAUUAUCUCAUUUUACACAAAAAUAACCAUCAUUUGAAUACAUUUAAGAUUAUUAAGAUCAAAUUUAAGAGGAAGAAUUGGAGAGAAUUGAUUUUAAUGCAGAUUUUUUAUAAUAUUAUAGAAACAAACCUUAAGAUAAUAUAUAAACAAGAAUAUUUUUUGAGAAUACUAUCAAUAUUUUUAAGAAAUUUAAGAUUGCUUAAACUUUUAAGAUCAUUAAACCAGAAUUGAUUGGAGAAUUUGCUUUAAAAAUUGAUAUGUCAUACUUUAAUAAUCUAUAUCAUAAUUCUAUGCAUGCAUUAGAUGUAACAAAUUCAACUGGAUUUUUCUUGGAAAAUGGUUUAAGUGAAUUAUUAGAUGAAUUUGAAUAGGCUUGUUUAAUAAUAUCAUCUUUGGCACAUGAUAUUGGACAUCCAGGUCUUAAUAAUGGAUUUAUGAUGAGUAAUAGAUGUAAAUUAGCUUUGUUAUGUAUUUAUAUAAAUAUGUUAGAUAAUGAUUAGAGUGUACUUGAAAAUUAUCAUUCUUUUUUAUUGUUUUAAAUUCUCUCAUAAGAUCAAUUCAAUAUUAUAUAGAAUUUAGGAUAGGUUGAAUAAAAAGGAUUUAGAAAAUAUUGUUUAAAUCUUAUCUUAGAUACAGAUCUAACAAGACAUUUUUAAUUAAUGAACAAAUUCUAAAAUUAUUUAGAAUUAACUGAAUCAUAAGAUCUGGAUAAAAAUUUGUUGAUGUCUAUAUGUAUUAAAUGUGCAGGUAUUCAAUUAUAUCAUCCAUAUAAGAUGUUGGUCAUGGUGCGAAAUAAUUAAAAAUGCAUAAACUUUGGAGUAGAAGAAUUAUAGAGGAAUUCUUUUUAUAAGGAGAUUUAGAAUCAUAUUUGAAAGUACCUGUAUCACCAAUGUGCGACAGAAAUUAGUGUGUUACCAAAUCUCAAGAAGGAUUUCUAAAAGCUAUUGUUUUGCCAAUGUUCAAUGCAUUCGUUACCUUAUUGCAGAAGUACUUGAUAGUCUAACUCUGCAUAGCGAAAAAGUGACAGAAGUUUGUUUGCAACAGAUUCAUGAGAACUUGAAGUAUUGGUAACAACAAACUGAUGAUAAACAAUUUAUGAAAGAGACUCAUAUAGAAACACCAGGACUUGAUAAUUUGAAGAAAUUUUUGAAUUAGCCAUUAUAAUUAUGUGUUUGA